AUGGCUGUUCACGAUGUUGCCCCGGGCUACAUUACCCUCGAAAGUAGAGUGGCAUCUUACCGUAAUGCACAACCCCUUACUGGUCGUAGGACGUCGACCACUGGAUCCAAAGCUCCAAAAAGUCUUAAAUGGCCGCACAAAUCUUUGCUACCAGAAGAACUUGCAAAAGCAGGUUUCUUUUACUAUCCUUCGCAAUCCAAUCCCGACAAUUGCGCUUGUUUUCUCUGCCAUAGAUCUAUUGAUGCCUGGGAGGAAGGUGAUGACCCAUUAAAAGAACAUUUGAAGCAUUCACCAAAUUGUGGAUGGGCGAUUGUUGCCUCGAUUGAGGCACAAGAUGAAGAAUUGAGCAGGGAAUUUCCCGCCAGUUUGAGAAUGGUCGAGGCUAGGACUGCGACAUUUGCAGGAAAAUGGCCUCACGAAGCAAAGAGGGGCUGGAAAUGCAAGACUAAACAGUUGGUCAACGCUGGAUGGAAAUAUACUCCAACCGAAGAAUCGAACGAUAUGGCGACUUGUACUUAUUGUUCAUUGGCAUUAGAUGGAUGGGAGCCAUCUGACAAGCCAUUGGAUGAACAUUUUAAUCGAUCACCCGAAUGUCCUUUCUUCAUACUUAUCGAUGAGCAUAACUCUGAACUUGCCUUAAAGAAAUCAACUACCAAGAGAGGCAGAACAUCAAAAGCAUCGCGACUAUCUACACAAUCCGCUGUUACUAUUGCUAGUGAUGCAGAUGUUGAAGAGGGGGAUAGCAUCAUGUCUAUAGCCACAACAAAAGGCAAAGCAUCUGGGACCAGAGGUCGAAAACCAUCGGCCAAAAAGGCAGCCCCAGCUCGGUUAUCUACACAACCCGCUAUUGAUGUAGUUAGUGAUGCAGAUGUUGCUAGUGAUGUAGGUGUUGUUAGCGACGCAGAUGUUGCAGAGGGGGAUAGUAUCAUGUCUACAGCCACAACAAAAGGCAAAGCAUCUGGGCCCAGAGGUCGAAAACCAUCGGCUAAAAAGGCAGCCCCAGCUCAAUUAUCUACACAGCCAGCUAUUGACGUUGUUAGCAAUGUAGCUGCCGAAGAGGGAGACAGUAUCAUGUCUACAGCAACAACGAAAGCGAAGACAUCUGCACUCAAAGGUCGAAAGGCCCCGGCCAAAAAGGCCGCUUUAGCUCAAUUAUCUACAGAGCCCCCCAUUGACGUUGCUAGUGAUGCAGAUGAUGUAGAUGAGGCAGAGGGUGACAGUAUCAUGUCUACAGCCACAACAAAAGUGAAGACAUCUGCGCUCAGGGGUCGCAAGGCAGCCGCUAAGAGGGUCGAACCAAUUGAGGCUCCUAAAGCCCCAACAGCAUCUUCCAAUCGUGGGAGAAAGAGGAAGAGUGACGACGAGAUGUCUCAACCUGAUCUUCCAAAUCCCCAACCUAAAAAACGUACUACAAGGGCUAGUACGGCACAAGUUGUUAUCCCUCAAGCAUCCGCUGCACCACUACGAGCACCCACCUUUACAGACUUGCAGAACCAGGCAGGAGCCUCGGACUUGCUUUGGAUCGAAGGAUCUCCACUGGAAUCACCGCCUGGAUCUCCACCCCCCUUGUCGCCACCCCAAUCUUCAGUCGCGGAUAACCAAUUUUCAGACACAGAACAUCAAUCCUCCGAUGCGGAAAACCAGUUUCCUGAAAGACCUAAUACUCCUCCAAAUCAAGGUUCUAUAGCACCCAAAACCACCAAGCAAUGGGAGCCCGUAGAUGCUGAGAUGUUUUUCGGUGAAGAAGAACAUGAACACUUCUUGGAAGCAAUGUCGAAUCUCAGAACAGGAAAUCUAACCAAAGCGGAGAGCCAAAUGUCGGUGGAGCAAUGGAUUUACCAUACAGCAACAGUUGCUCAAGGAAAGCUUCUUGACGAAUGUGAGCGAAUGGUAGCAGCAUUCGAGGCCGAGGGCAUGAAGGCAUUGUCUUGUCUGGAAGCAAUGGAAGUCGUCUGA